GUCAAAGAACAUCCGCAAGUGUGUGAAAGGUCAUUAGCUUUUGGCGCGGGUUAUUGUUAUGAUCUGUAUUUCCUGACCUAAUUAUUUUAUCACAUUUUGAACAAAUAAUGUUCGAUCGAUGUCAGUUGUGAUAAGUGAAUCCUCAAGUUCAUCUGGGACAAUAAUGGCGUCAUAGAAGACUGUGGUUGUCUCCAUUUAAUUGGUUUGUACAGAUAAAUGAUCAUGAUGAAUGGGGAAAUACCUCAAAUCCCGAUCACAACACUGGCAGGGAUUGCAAGUCUAACAGAUUUGCUACCUGAACUUCCCCUACCCACCCCUAUGCCUCAGACUGUCCACAACAAAAGUCUGCUAUACCAUCCAAGGAUUGCAGAAGAAGCCAGGCGUUUGCUAGCAUCAAGAGAUGAAAACUUGGUGCCACAACUUAUCCAUGCACUAAGUCAUACAAAUGUUGAACACAUUGAGUUGAAGGAUAAUUCUGUGGGAGAUGCAAUUGAAGGAGAAAUCCCCGAACUUCUGAAAGCUGUACUAGCACAGAACCCAGCUGUCUUCAAGAGUGGUAGACCACAAGAAAGUGUAUAUCCCAGACAGCCCAUGGCUCCCACACAGCUUCCACAGCAGAUGCAGGGCUCCCCCUACCAGCCAGGCAAUAACAUGUCACCCUAUCAUCCUGGCAGUCCUGCAAGGUUCACCCCAUAUGCCCCUCAGCAGCAAGCACAGGGUAACUUGUUUGCUGGCAGUCCAUAUGGACAGCAGGGUUCUAACAAGUUCCAGAGUCAGUUUGCUGCUUUUGCUGCAGGGCAGCCACAGAUGGGACAGGGCCCUGGAAGUGGUGCUGUAAAUGGUGGUGAUAUGAUGAAUAGCAUGUCGCCUGGUUUCCACCAACAACAACAGCCAUAUAUGUCUCCAGCUCACAAUAGAAUACAAGCAGGAAACUCAGCUGCAGGUUCCCCAGGUCAUGCUAUAAGCCAUCCUGUAGACAGAGAUAAAGGCCAACCCACCUCUAGUCUUUCUACCAUGGACAAACAAAAGGAAAGCACACCAGCAAACUCCAAGUCCAAACAGAGGAGGCGUUCCUCUGCAUCAAAGUCAAGUGAACCAGUGGUUGUCCUAGAGCCACUUAGUUCAGAAGAUGUCAAUCAGUUUCAAUCUCCACCAAGAAAAGCUGGUGUAAGUAAGAAAUCUACCUCCAGUAAGAAAACUUCCAAAUUGCCUAGUGGGGAUAUGGCUCAGGCAAUAAAAUCCAUGACUCCUACCUUGAAAUUAACCAGAAUAGAUGCAGAUGGAAAAAAAGAAAAGGGAAAAUCUGGAACUACUUAUGUAAAUCCUUCUGGGGAAUUGCAGAUGAAGUUUUCAAAGGACUCCAUGAGCAAAGGAACAAAAAGGAGGAGGUCUAUAGAAGUAAUUGAUGCAGAUGAACCAGAAGAAAAUUUUGGUGGGUUUUCCAUGACUCUGAGCGAGCGCAUUAAGCGUCGUCGUCGCACAGGUUCCCAUGCAGGCUCCACUUCCCCUGUUGCUGCUGCUGCUGCUGCUCCUCCCAAAUAUACUGAAGAAGAUUCUAGUGAAGAAAGUAGACCACCAACACCUGUGGAAUUGCCAAAGAGUUCCAAAAAGAAAAAGGACAAAAAGCAGAGAAGAUUACAAGAGCAGUCUGACCUGAUGAGCCCAGAGGAACUGAUGGAAACCGGGACAUUCAAAAGGUUCAAUAAUGCAGUAGAUGGUGCUUUAGAGGCUGCAGAAGAUGCUGAUAUGUCAUCAUUGUCGCGGGUAGAUUUUGAUGAUGAAUCAGUUGAGAUUCCACCAGAAAUAUUGUUGUCCAAGUCAGCACUAAAUGAACUGUGCAGUGAGUCAGCCAAAUUAAAAGCAAUGGGAGUUAUGAAUCAGGUGCCUUAUGAAAAGCUGGUUAAACUACUAACAGUUCUGGCCUGGAACAUACGAGAUGGAGCCAAAAUCUUGCCAAAUAUGGCACAGGACAAUGAAGGUGAUGAUGAGGAGCAGCUGUGGAGAGAGCUGACCAUGGAGAGGGUUAUGCGCAGUGUGGAUGCCUCUCUCACAUCACUGUACGUUAUGACAUCACCAGACAUGCCUAAGCAAGUGUACCUAGAGGAUGUCAUUGACAGGAUACUCAUUCUUACCAAGUUCCAGUUGCUGAAUACCAUUUACCCAGAAUAUGACCCAGUUUAUAGGGUAGAUCCAAAAAAUAAAGAGGGUUUCCAACAGCAUGUUAAGAUGAAGCGUGCCAGGUCCCACGGUGCCAAACACAAGACUACCAUUGCACUGUACAACAAAAUAACAGAGAUAGUAGGGGCCCUAGCAGAACUCAUCAACAUUCAGGAACUAACAGACACUUUGAUAUUACAGGUGUCUUCAUUAGGAUGUGGUCCAUUUUUUGUGGAAAAUGUCAGUGAACUCCAACUGAAUUCCAUGAAAGUAGUAACAACUGUGUAUUCAGGUUACGAAAAACACAGAGCUCUUAUUAUAGAAGACAUUUUUGCAUCUAUAGCACGUUUACCCAGUAGUAAGAAGAACCUUCGGAGCUACAGAUUGAAUGCAGAUCAGUCAAUCCAGAUGCUGACUGCAUUGGUGCUGCAGCUCAUCCAGUCUGUGAUAGCAUUGCCAAAACCUAAGGAGGAUGAAUCUCGUGCACCCACACCCUCGGAUGACAAAAAUCAGAAGACAAAACUGAAGAAGCUUACUGAUGAUGAGGUCAUAAUAAUUACCAAUUAUGAAAAUGCCAUGAGAAGUGCCCACAAUUUUUUGGCUGUUUUUCUCAGAAAGUGUUCAACUAAAGGGGAAGAAGACUAUAGGCCGCUGUUUGAAAACUUUGUGCAAGAUUUAUUAGCAACUGUGAAUAAACCUGAAUGGGGAGCUGCUGAAUUGUUGCUUAGUUUAUUGGGCACAUUACUGGUGAAGCAAUUUAGCAACAAAAGUGUUGAAAUGUCUAUAAGAGUGGCCUCAUUGGAUUACCUUGGAAUUGUUGCCUCCACUCUCAGGAGAGAUGCUAUCAAUAGUCAGAUGAAUCAAGAGACAAUUGAUGAGAUUAUCGAUCGGAUCAACAAUAUUAGCGAUGAUGAUUCAAGUAAUGGCCGGAAAUCACCACUUGUGGAAGCUGGAGACCAGAUCCAGACCCUACAGAAAGCAUUACUGGAUUAUUUAGCUGCCAACAGACACAGUGACCCUGCAGUCCUGUUUUCAAGAAACUUCCUAAUAGCACAGUGGAUAAGGGAUGCCACAACAGAAGCAGAAAAAAUUGUACAAGCUGGGCAUCAGAAGAAAACAAAUGAAGAUGAUACAGAUGAUAGCGAUGAUGAGCCAGAAACAAGUCUUGCUGAUGAAGUUCAAAAAACCUCAGAAGCACUCCAAAUGGCUGAAAGGAGGAAGCAGUUUUUGUUCUCUCAAAUAACCCCUGAUUCAUCUUCCUUUUCAAGGUCAGUAUCAAGUAAGUUAGAUUAUGACAGUGCCUGCCUGGUGGCCAGGUAUCUUGCUUCCACACGCCCUUUUUCACAGAGUUUUGAUGUCUAUCUGACUCAGAUUUUAAAAGUCUUAUGUGAGACUGCUGUAGCAGUUAGAACCAAAGCAAUGAAGUGUUUGACUGCUGUGGUAGAGGCAGAUCCUGGGAUUCUGGCACGACCUGAUAUGCAAAGAGGAGUGCAUGGCAGGUUCUUGGAUCAGUCUACAUCAGUGAGAGAGGCAGCUGUGGAACUGGUGGGCAAGUUCAUCCUCAUCCGUCCAGAGCUCACUACACAGUAUUAUGAAAUGUUGUCUGAUAGGAUUUUGGACACUGGGAUCAGUGUGAGAAAACGAGUCAUCAAAAUAUUCAGAGAUAUAUGCACAGAACAACCAGACUUCAGCAAAAUCCCAGAGAUGUGUGUCAAGAUGAUCAGGAGAAUCAAUGAUGAAGAAGGAAUAAAGAAACUUGUGAAUGAAGUGUUCCAGAACAUGUGGUUCACAGUAGUUAGAGAUCGAGACACACACAAGCUACUCACCAAAGUAUUGAACAUUACAGAUGUGGUUGCUGCAUGCAAAGACUCAGGUUAUGAAUGGUUUGAAACCCUCCUUGGCAAUCUCCUGAAAAAAGAGGCAGAUCAUGCCUUUGGUCCAGUGGAAAAGUCGUGUAGACAGAUAAUUGACUGUCUGGUAGAAAAUGUCCUCAAAUUGGAAGCAAAGGCUGUGGAACUUACUGAGGGUAAAGUGACCAGCAGUCAAAGGCUAGUAGCUUGUCUAUCAACAUUAUACCUAUUCUGCAAGAUCAAACCUGACAUGGUGGUGCAACAUGCAGAAACAUUACAGCCAUACUUGGAUAUCAAAUGCAGUACUCAGGGUGACUAUAUGGUGCUCCACUAUAUUGCUAGAGUGUUAGAGUUGGUAGUCCCAUUAAUGGAACAUCCCAGUGAAGGCUUCCUAGCACAGCUGGAGGAAGACAUGAUGAAACUGGUGCUCAAACAUGGCAUGAUGGUUGUGCAGAGCUGUGUGAGUUGCCUUGGAUCAGUAAUAAACCUUGUGUCCCAUAACUACAAGCUAGUCAGAGAUUGCUUUCAGAAGUUCUUUGGUGUUCUGUGUAAGAUCAUGACAGAACACAAAAACAAUCCCAAGAAUCCAGCAUUGGAUAACAGCAAGCCAACUUUACUGAGGGCUCUAUUCACAGUUGGAUUGCUGUGCCGACACUUUGAUUUUGAUGCCAAGGAAAUGGGAGAGACUAAGGCCUGUGUUAAAGACAGAGUGUUUGAUGUCCUAAUGUAUUUUAUAAGCCAUGAAGAUGAAGAUGUAAAACACAAAGCAUUGACUGGAGUUGGUUACAUGUGCAUUCGUUACUAUGACUUCAUGUUAGGGACUACACUGAAGCAGGUGUACCAUGGUCUGCUCACCUACAGAGAUGCCCCGGUCAAACUAAAGAACCAGGUGCUAAGGAACCUUCAGCAUUACCUCACAGAGGAGGAAGAUAAAAUGCAAAAGGCUGAUGCAGAAUGGAGAAAAGUUGCCAAAAAGGAAGAUCUCAAGGAAAUGGGAUUGGCUGAAUCUGGCAUGGCCAGUACAAUUAUGCAGCUGUACCUAAAACAGUGUUUGGAGUCUUUCUUCCACCCACAGUUCCAAGUUCGCAUAACAGCACUGACAGUCAUAUCCUUGAUCUUGAAGCAGGGACUUGUCCAUCCUGUACAGUGUAUGCCGUACCUAAUCAGCAUGAGCACAGAUUGUGAGGCUAAUAUACGUUUGAAAGCAGAUCAGCAGAUGCAGGAAAUUGACAAGAAAUAUCCAGGAUUUGUACAUAUGAAGGCACUUGCAGGGAUCAAAAUGUCUUACAGACUUCAGCAGCUGCUGCAGGCUGACCUUUAUGAACCUAUCCGUGGAAUCCGUGAUGAGGACAAUCCCACUGCCCUCUGUGCGUUCCUAUACACGCUGAUCAGGGGGAACAGAUCUCAUCGCAGGGCUUUACUCACUAAUCUACUCAAUAUGUUUGAUGAUAGCGCAAGAAAUUUAACAGAUCCAUCUGAAAGGGACACCAGUUUUGAGAAAACCUCACUAAAUGAGAUGGUGUACAUAGCUGACAACCUUGCAUUCCUUCCAUACCAGUACCAGGAUGAGCCUUUGUUUAUCAUGCAUCAGACUGAUAUCAUAGUCUCGGUGUCUGGAUCAAACCUUGUGCAGGCUUUUAUGGAGGGCCUCACGCAAAAGAAAGAAGGUGAAUCUGAAGCUUUGUCAAGGUAUGAGGAAGAUGAUGAGGAGGAGGACGAAUUUGAGAGAUUGCUAGGGAGGUUUCCAGAGGACACAUCUGCUCUCCAGGAUAUCCGUCUGCAAUGGCAGGGUUGUAUUCUAUUAAUGCAAUUGAAACAACAUCUCAAGGAACAUUUUGGAUUCAAAGAACAGAAAAUAAGCCAGUAUUCUCCUAGUGAUCCUGCUAAAAUGAAUGAAAGACCUUUGAAUCGUAAAGGUCAGAACCGUUUCAAUCCCAAGCUGGCUCUAGAUCUGCUGAAACGUGACCAACUGUCUCCUCAAGACUUAAAUGAUGAGGCCAAGAGGCAGCUACUCUCUGAUUUCCUGGAGUUCAAGCAGCUGAUGUUGAGUGUAGAUCCAGCAGAGGAUGACAGUGACCAGAGCACUGGGCAUGUCACUCCUCAGCCCAAGUCCCCAGCAGUCAGUAGACCACCAGCAGCUGGGGGAGAUGGACAGCCAGGAGAGGAUGGGGCAGAAAAUGGAGGUGGGGAUGCAGGUUCCAGUGGAGCAGUUGAUGAAGAUGAUGAUGUUGCAGCAGAAAAUGGAGACAAAGCACUAAGGCCAGAAAUGCUGGUGAAGCCUUUGAAGAUUACCCUCACUCCACUUGGCUUUACCACAUCCUUGUCCAAGCACCAGAAAUCUUCAGAGAAGAAACAUAAGUCGCACAAAAGUAAAUUUGAAAAGAAGAAAAAACACAAAAAGAAGAAAAGGAAAAGGAGAAUAAGCACAACAGAUGAGGAAGAUGAAAGUGAUUUUGAGGAAGAAGAAGAGGAGGAUGAAGAAGAUGAGAGUGAAGAUCCUGAUUUUAAUAUUUAAUCUAAGAAGUGGCCAUUUGGACUUUUUUAAAGCUGACUAUGUAAUGCAGGUUCCAAUCACUUCCAAGUUCUGCCUCCAAAAAGUGUUGAGCAGCUUGGUGGAAUGCCCUCUCUUUGCUAGCAGUCAUGCAUUGUGUGAUAAUUUUUAACUGACUGAGGAAGCUUAUUUAUUUCGCUGUAUUCUUCCAGUUGAACUUUGAUCAACAACCCUGCAGCAGUGCAAUGUUAGAAGUGUACAUAGCUCAUGGUUAUUUAUAACUUUUUUAAUUAAAUCUACAUACAACUCUUGUAAAAACCAGUGUACAUAGAAACUAUUUAAAGGAGCUGUAAUUUGUGCAUCAUAGAAAAUUUGUGAAUAUAGAAGAAUUCCACGUCAGUUAUUACAGUCACUUUGGGGACUGGAUUUAUUUUAUGGAAUUGUUUUUCAUUGUCACACUACUUAGAGUUCUAUUUUUAACAAGUUGUUUGUAGAUUUAAACCUGUGUAUAAGCUAAUUUUAAGUUUUUAUAAUGUUGGUUUUGUACCAGUCCUUCCCGUCAAGUGUUUCAUAAAAUUAAUGUGGAAUUUGUGUUCAUUUCCUAUAUUCAUGAAUAAUAAAACGCUUACCUUUAAAUAAAGGAAGUUGUACAUCAGAA